GGGGUGGCGAGGCGGCAGCGCGGCGGCGGGAGGGGCGGCGGUGCGGGAGGAGGCGCCACGCAUAGAUGUCGAGGGCUGGAGUUUGAUUCCUACCACAAAACCCAUUUCGGGCCUCUGGCAGCUGGGGAAGGUAGCAUCAUCUAUCAUCCAAUGGGCAGGAAAGACUUCAGGUGCCACGUAACCUGAGAGUCAUGGCGCAGUGAGAUGGAUAAUGGAGUGAGGGCGGGUUGUGUUGUCACACUUCAACAUGGACCACUUGGCCCCUUCCUCAGGGGUCAAUUGGUAUACCAGUUAUAAUGCUUUUGGGGAAUUGUUGGCAGCAGCCCCACAGCUGCCCCCAGUGGAAUUAGGAGGGGUGGAUGUGGGGCGGCCAUACAAUCCUCAGGAACAUGUGCAUUAUCCCACUCAAGUUGAAGGGUUGCAUUAUGGGCAGGAGGUGAGCCAUCCCAGUGUUGUUACUGCAGAAGAGGAGCAUUUGUUCCAAGAGAAGACACUGUCUCCAGCACAGUCCAAGGUCUUUAGCCAGAUGAGAAUGCCUGUUGGGGAGAAGAUAGCAUGCAAUGAGUGUGGUGCAACAUUUGCAUGUGGUGCCAAUCUAAGGAACCACAUGAGGAUCCACACAGGAGAAAGGCCAUUUGUGUGUGAAGAGUGUGGGGCUUCCUUCACCCAGCGCUCAAACAUGCGCAGUCACAAACGCGUGCACACUGGAGAACGGCCAUACAUGUGUGGCAUUUGUGGCCAGACAUUUGCCCGGUCCUCUCACUUGCCAGGACACAUGCGCACACACACAGGGGAGAAACCCUUCAGCUGUCCACAGUGUGGCCGAUCCUUUGCCACCAAUCAGAUAAUGAAGAACCACAUGAGGACCCACACUGGGGAGAGGCCCUUUGUCUGUGAUGUCUGUGAUGCCACCUUUGCUCAAAGCUCUUGCCUUGCCACACACAAAAAGAUACACACAGGGGAGCGCAACUUCAAGUGUGGAAAGUGUGGGAAAGCCUUCAUUUCCAGAUCAGGGCUACAGACUCAUGAACGGGUGCACACUGGAGAGAAGCCCUACAACUGUGAGAGAUGUGACAAAUCAUUUAGGACAUCAUCUUAUCUCUCUAAACACAGGCAGAAGUAUUGUGGUAAUGAAAGUUUUGUAAAAAUAAAUAGACAGUCUGAGCCUGGUAAAAUGAAGAAAAGCUCAGCCAGCUCCCACAGACUAAGUAAAUGUAAAAAGAGUCUGAAGCCCAUGAGUUCCCCUCCAUCAAAGCGGACUCGGGUCAAGAGAACCCAGCGACCUAAGAGAAACAGAAGCAGUUCGUGCAAAUCUGUUCCAAAGCCAGAGUGGUGUAGGCUACUUGAGAAAGAUCUUGCUGUUACAGAAAAGAGUAACCAAAAUACAGAGAGCUGUCAUGAUGAAAAGAACAGUGGAGAUAGUGAAGUCUUACAGAUUGGGUUAAGCAUUGAGACUGAUCUGGCUGUUUAUAAACAAGAGGAGACCAGGAACAGCGAAUGUGAGCCCAGCUCAAAUUGGGAGCAGGUUUUGGAUAGACCUCUGGAGAACAACUUGGUGGGACAAGAAGAUUUGGAUAUUAAAGAGGAAUGUAUUUUGCCUGAAGAAAAACCUUGCGUACAUGAAACUAUUACAGUUACUCCACAGAAGCAGCUUACUGUUGACUGUGAAGUUGCUCAGGUGCCGAGCCUUCAUGGAGAGAAUUUUGGUGAUGAAACUGAACCCCUUAAGCAGACUUUUAAAGAUUCUCAGUCACAAGUUCUUCAGCCUCAGGAUGAAGGCACAGGAGCACAUCAUUUAAUAGAAAAUUACUUUAAGGAAAUGAGCAGUGCCAGCUUUCCUGAGGGUGCAUAUGAGGAAGAAAUGUCAAACCCUGCUGUGCUGGAUGUUCAGGAGGACAUGAAAACCAAGCUUACUGAAUGCUUGGCCACACACUGGGACCUGCAGCCAAGAGCAGAAGUAAUUAUGGAACACAUAGGAGGAGCCACAGGCGUUGGGUGGUACAAUUGGGACCUUGUGACAAAUAAGGUGCAGGUGGACCUUAUGAGUGCUGAUGUUGCCCAGCAGAUAAGCCAGCAUGUUCACACCUCAUACAACAACCCACAGCACAUGUCAGUGCAGCUUGCCGUACCACAGGCCCCACGAACCACAAGCAAUCUCUCACUUGACGCCCAAAAUGCCGUGAACACUUCAAAACCCACAGCUUCCAGACCUUCCAGGAUCCGACACUCUCAUGGUGAGCGCGUCUCCUGUGCCGAGUGUGGCAAGACAUAUGCCUGUAAUGCAAAUUUACGUGACCACAUGCGGAUACACACAGGAGAACGACCCUUUAUUUGUGAUGAGUGUGGCAUGACCUUUACCCAGAGGUCAAAUUUACGCAUGCACAAACGCGUGCACACAGGUGAGCGGCCAUACAUGUGUGGUGUGUGCGGCAAGACAUUCUCCCGGUCAUCACACCUACCAGGGCACAUGCGGCAGCACACAGGGGAGAAGCCAUACACCUGCGACCAGUGUGGCCAGACCUUCACCACCAGCCAGAGUAUGAAGAACCACAAGCGAAUCCACACUGGUGAGAAGCCUUAUGUAUGUGAUGUUUGUGAUGCCUCCUUUACACAGAGCUCCACACUGUCCACCCACAAAAAGUCACACACUGGAGACAAGCCAUUCAAGUGUGAUAUCUGCAAUAAGCGGUUCAUAUUCCGCUCUGGGCUAAAUGAACACAUGAUUGUGCAUAGCAGGGAAAAGCCAUUCCAGUGUGAUCAGUGCCAUAAAAGAUUUAAGUAUUCCAACUACCUGUCCAAGCACAAGAAGAAGUAUUGUGGCAAUGAUGGCUACCACAAACGAUGGCAAAAAACGUCAUCCAAAAAGUCAUCAGUCCGCAAGAGUGCAUCAUCACGGAGGACACAGGCAACACAGAGGGUCGUUGCUGUGUCAAGUCUGGUCGAUCCUCCCAUCAACCUGGAAGAGGAUGAUGAAGAAGAGGAAGAAGAGGAGGAGGAAGAGGAGGAAGAGGAAGAGGAGGAAGAGGAUGUGUUAUCAAUUCCUAUUCCAAAAACUGAAGAGGUGAAGGAAGAAAGGCGAGAUCAGGAGCAUUGCAACAAAGUCUGUCGUCCUGAACGGAGGCGAGACAGAAUGCCAUUCCAUGUUGAUGAUGAUGGUGACUGGAAGAAAGCCUGGAUAAGUAGUGCAGUGAUCAAAAUGGACCAGUUUCAGCGCAACUCCAUUGUGGCAUCUGCUGCCUCUGCCACCUCAGUGCCAACAUCCUCUGUGACUGCCUACAGUUACAGUGGCCUGGAGGAAUUUCUAGUGCCAGCUCAGGUUAAAGUCGACCUGGGUGGAAGUGUUGCAUGUCAGAUAAGUCAACAAAUACAGCAUGUUCACUUUGGUAAUGUGACUCAGAUGCAGCCAGUCCAGCUCACAGCUAACUCAGCCACCCCACCUCUAAAGUCCUCUGAGAGUCCAGUUCCAGUCAUAGAGGCCAGUGAAAGUACCUCAAUAGAAUUACCACGGACAUCCAAGACUGUGCCCAAGCCUCGUGUUCGGAAUGGGACAGCUGAACGUGUGGUGUGCCCAAACUGUGGUAAAUCAUUGGCAUGUGGAGCCAACCUUGCUGAGCACAUGCGUACCCACACUGGGGAACGCCCCUUUGUUUGUGAUGAAUGUGGUGCGUCUUUUGCUGCUAAGUCUAAUCUGAGGACACACAAGCGACUGCACACUGGUGAAAGGCCCUACAUGUGUGGUGUGUGUGGGAAAACUUUCUCUCAGAGCUCCCAUCUUCCAAGUCACAUGCGAGUGCACACCGGAGAACGCCCCUAUCAAUGCCCUGAGUGCCCUAAGUCUUUCUCUUCCAGCACCACUUUAAGGAAUCACCUCAGGAUUCAUAAAGGUGAUUGUCCCUUCAAGUGUGAAUCCUGUGGAAGAGGCUUUGUGUGUAAAUCAUGGCUUCAAGACCAUUAUAAAGUUCAUACAGGGGAGAAGCCUUUUCAGUGUGACAUUUGCAAUAAAUGGUUCAAGGAUAAAUCCUACAUAACAAAACACAAAAUGAAGUACUGUGGUAAUGAUGGAUACAAAAAGCGGUGGAGAAGACCAGGUGUGAAAAAGCCACCAGGGAGAAAACCAAGUGCUGUGAAUCAAACAAAAGUUAAAAUCAGUGAGGAGGAUGACCUUGACCAGUCCAAGAGACCAAGAGGUCGACCUAAAGGAUCCAAAAACAAGAGAAGCAGAAAGAGAAAAACAAAAAGUACACGCAAGAAAAAGAAUGUGUCGGCAACCGAUUCUGACGCCGAAUUUGAGGAACUUUUGAAGGAACAUGAAACAGAUGCGUUGGAACUUCCCAAGAUUGAGGUGAUACCCAGCAACUCAGAGGAACGGUCUGAGCUGGAACUUCUCAACCAGUCACACUUGGAGCAGACAAAUAACCAAGGACAUGAAUAUCAGUAUGAGUUUGAUCCCAAUGAUGAUCCACUCCACGUAGAAUCAAGCAAGCAGAAUGACCCCCUUUCACUGCCACACAUUCCUGUAGUUCAGCUUCAUGUUGCCAUGCCUCACACACAGCUCCAUGUUCAGCACCUUCAGGAUGGCCAUCUCCACCACACACUCCACCAGCCACAGGAUCUUGUACAGCCACAGAAUAGAAACCAGUCUCAAAGUUUAGUGCAGUCUCAUAGUCACAUGCAACCUCAAAAUCUUGUUCAACCUCAAAAUUUAGUGCAGCCUCAAAAUUUAGUGCAGCCACAGAAUUUGGUUCAACCUCAAAAUCUUGUCCAGCCACAGAAUCUUUCCCAAGCACAAAACCUUAGUCAGCCACAAAAUCUUUCCCAGACACACAGCCAUUCACAGCCUCAUAAUCUCUCUCUUGCCCAAAACUUGUCUCAGCCUCAAAAUCUUUCUCUCAACCCCAAGUUGCUUCAGUCAUCAAAUAUCCAUCAACCACAAAAUCUUUCUCAGCCACAAAACUUAUCACAACCUCAAAAUUUGUCUCAGUCUAACAGCAUGUCACAGCCUCACAACUUGUCACAGAAUCAAACCCUUUCUCAGCCCCAAAACCUUUCUCACUCUCAGAAUAUGUCUCAAUCUCCUAAUGUAAAUCAACCUCAAAAUUUAUCCCAGCCCCAAAAUUUAUCUCAAAGUGAUAGCUUAUCACAACCACAAAACCUUUCUCAACCCCAGAAUUUGUCUCAACCACAAAACUUGAGUCAGGCUCAUGUGUCUCUUCAGGACCACCUAACACAGCUGGAGCAUCAGCCUCAGAGCAUUCACAUGGUAUAUUAUAAUGCAUAAGCAUCUCAUCAGCAGAAGAUGCUGUGAAGAAGGUGGUGUUUGAAAUAAGACAAAAUACUGCAGCAUUGUGAUAAUUACAGCUGAACUGCUGAACUGUUAACUUUCAUGAGUACUGUACUCAUAUAGUAAAAUUUUGUUUGAAUGUGAUUUCAGUGAAAAUACCAAUAUCAGUAAUUUAGUAACUGUGGACUAUUUGCUUUGCUUGGUACAGUACCUGAGUGGCUCUGGUAAUGAAGGAGGUCAGAGGAAUGAAACAUGUUUAUACAUGCAAAAUCUAUUCUACUUGAAGGAAAACUCAGCCUAAAUCAAUUUGUCUUCAUUGAUCAUACUGUCAUAUAUUCUAUACUUUAAUGCUUUAUGAAUAAGUUCCCAUUAUAUGAAAAGAACUGCAAGAAAGACACUAAAUUUUGACAGAUAGGAAAUUUUACCACUGAUGGACUUUUUAUGUUCUAAUUCAUUUGAGGAUGAUUAGAACUGUUACAGAUAAGUAUACACUUUGUAAAAUAUUGAACAUUUCAGUACUGUUUAUAGUUGACAUGAAUAGUAGAGCAUGGUGGCAGUUUCAAAGGGCAAGUUCAGGUUCACACGGAUCAGCCAAGUCACUCGCUAAUGCUCGCAAGCUGCACUAUUAUGUGUUACCUUUUUUGGGUGAAGUCUUCUGACUUGGGUCCCACCUCAGGAUCUCAUCCCAUGCCUUCUUUGGUCCGGUACCUAUUGUAACUCUGCCUUCCCCCUCAGUGUUCAUCAUGCCUCACCCAGUCAUUCUCAUCUUUUCUUUCCAUAUAGCCAAAUCACCACAUAUUCAUGAAUCUGAACAAAAUAAAUGUAAUUGAAUAGCACCAUAAUGACAGCCUAUACUAAUGAUAUGCAAUAAUUAAAUACUACUAACAGUAGUUAUCCUAGAUACUGAACAUAUAACAAAGGCACUUGAGUAAUUUAUGAUGGUGUGUUUUGGUUGCAAAGGUUGACAUGGAGAGUUUUCAAGCCUGGUAGUCUGUAUUCAUUGUGAACCACUGUCAGGUGAGUGAUAGUUAGGGCUUAGGUUCUCAGUAGUUGCUGGAUGAACAGAAAGCCUCAAAUCAAAACAAUGAUCUGUGAAGUUUUUAUUAAAAGAACAAAAUAUGCUCUGUUUGAAUAUAUAUUGAACAGCUCACUAGACUAAAGCAAGUAUAUCCUGAAGAGAAUCUCAGUAUACCUCAGUGGUGGAACAAUGACAGUUUGCUGUGCCAAAGAUUAGCCCUUGAGUAUUCUGAUCUCUUAAUUUAAAAAAAUGUGAACUUGCAAUUAAGAUCAAGGAAGCAUCAUUAACAGGUAGAUGCUGAUGCUGUCUGGCUACAAAAUGAAAUUAAAGAAACACACAUCUACAUGUAUUUUAUAUUAUCUAUACAAGAUGGCUUGUCCUUAAACCUGGGAGCUCCAUUGCAUUGUACAAUUAUAAACAACAUUAUCCCUUUGUAUGUAUGUUGCUGUUUAGCUCCAGCAAGUAUAAAAAGCACUUACCUCAGAUACUGUAUGGGUGCUUCAAUAGAUAUCACUAGCAGUUGCUUCCAAGUGAGUUUGUUCCUGUUAAUUGUUCCUGACACUUGUGUGGAGCUGAGAGGGAGGGUGCUUGGGGUGUGGCCACCAGUCAUGCCACAGGCCUUCCUCACAGCACUCAGUCCGUGAGAGAGGUGUCACUGGUGUCACCCUUCCAGAGGCUCUAAGGUUCUUGUUGCCAAGUUUGUGGAUUCUUUAUUCUGCUGUAACCCAGAUACUUGAAAAUUAUCCAGAUAUCUGAGACUGUAUCCUCAUGGAAGAACAGAACAAGACACGUGGUUGGGGUUAAUGAGUGAAGCUUUUUUGUACUUAGAAGUUUACUGAUGACAAUUGUAGCUUCAUCCUGUGACCAUUUAUUCCACCAUCAUCAACAGUUGUUAUUUUUGCACUUCAUUGUGUGUGAAAUUCUUGGGUAAAGGUAUAAUUGAAAGUAUUUAUAUGAAGAGCUUGAGAACUUUGUUAUACAAAAGCUCAGGUGAUUUUUGGACUUAAUCUAUACAUUACAUUGGAGCUACAUAUA